AUGGCCCCGGGCGUGCCCACACUGCUGCUGCUGUGGCUGCUGUGGUUCCCCGACUUCCCGGCCCGCGCCGCCGGCUGCCCGGCCGCUUGCCGCUGCUACAGCGUCACGGUGGAGUGCGGCGCCCUGCGGCUGCGCGUCGUCCCGCCCGGAAUUCCACCUGGGACGCAGACGCUGUUCCUGCAGGACAACAGCAUCGCGCGCCUGGAACCGGGCGUAUUGGCGCCUCUCGCAGCCCUGCGCCGGCUCUACGUGCACAAUAACAGCCUGCGCGCCCUGGAGCCAGGCGCCUUCCGCGCGCAGUCGCGCCUGCUGGAGCUAGCGCUCACCGGCAACCGGCUACGCGGCUUGCGAGUUGGCGCUUUCGCCGGCCUGGCCCAGCUCCGUGCACUCUACCUGGCCGGUAACCAGCUAGUGCAGCUGCUGGAUUUCACCUUCCUGCACCUACCGCGACUGCAGGAGCUGCACCUGCAGGAAAACAGCAUUGAGCUGCUGGAGGACCAGGCCCUGGCCGGGCUCUCCUCAUUGGCACUGCUGGACCUCAGCAGGAAUCAACUGGGCACCAUCAGCCGUGAGGCCCUACAGCCCCUGGCCAGCCUGCAGGUCCUGCGCCUCACAGAGAACCCAUGGCGCUGUGACUGUGCCCUGCAUUGGCUGGGAGCAUGGAUCAAGGAGGGCGGCCAGCGGCUGCUCAGCUCCAGGGACAAGAAGAUAAUGUGUGCAGAGCCCCCGCGCCUGGCACUUCAAAGUCUCCUGGACGUAUCUGGCAGUAGCCUCAUCUGCAUCCCGCCCUCUGUACACGUGGAGCCGCUGGAGGUGACAGCCAACUUAGGGGACGACCUGCGGGUUGCCUGCCAAGCUUCCGGCUACCCGCAGCCCCUGGUGACCUGGAGAAAGGUGGCCCAGGCUCGCGAAGGGCAGCCACGGGCUCAGGUCCAGCCAGGCGGCGGGGCGCCGCGCCCAGGCGGGCCCGGCGCCUCUGACACGGGCAGCGGCAUGCUCUUCCUCACCAACAUCACCCUGGCCCACGCGGGCAAGUACGAGUGCGAGGCCUCCAACGCCGGCGGCGCCGCCCGCGUGCCCUUCCAGCUCCUGGUCAACCUGUCCCGGCAGCAGCAGCUGCAGCUGGCGCCCCCGCCGCCCCCGCACGCCGGCCCCGCCAGCCACGAGCCCCUGCAGGAGGCGGGCAGCAUGGCCUUCCGCGCCCUGGGCCUGGCCACGCAGACGGCCAUCGCAGCCGCCAUCGCGCUCCUCGCGCUCACGGCGCUGCUGCUGGCGACCAUGAUCUGCCGCCGGCGGCGCAAGCGGAAAAAGGCGCCGGGGCCGCCGGGGGAGGGCGCGCUGUUCGUCAACGACUACUCGGAUGGGCCCUGCACCUUCGCGCAGCUCGAGGAGCUCCGCGACGAGCGAGGCCACGAGAUGUUCGUCAUCGACCGCUCCAAGCCGCUCUUCGCGGAGGGCCCGACGGAGGCGGCCGACGGCGCGGCUACCGGGCCGGGGCAGGGCCUCCCGCUGCAGCCGCCCGCAGCCUAUGAAAUUCACUGCUGA